AUGCCAUAUUCGACUUAUCGCAAACUAUCAAUUGAGCAAAAGGAAGUAACACCUCCUAUGAAUAACGAGCCACCAAUGCGGAUGCCAUCAAUACCAAUAGUGGCCACCACUAUUGCGUCUACCACCAGUCUUCGCUCGGAUAAAGUAGCUCGAGCAUGGCGUAGACAACAACAACAACGACCUCGUAGUAUGUUUGAACGUACAGAAGAACACAGUCCUAGUCGAGACUCAUUAAUCGACACACAAGCAUUCAUGCAAAUCACACCACCACCAGUACAUCGUAAAAUGGGCGUGGCGCAGCCACCACGCUCACCAUUGGCACCUAUUCGAUUAGCCGUAAAUGUGUCGCCACAAUCAAAUCGUCCACUUCGAACAGCUCAGAAGCCUGAUAUCACUAAAGUUGGCAAGGUCGAGGUGAGACUGCUACCGUAAUC